UGGAGAGAACUGUCUGUGAACUCGGAGAUUUCAGAGGCUGAUGCAGAGUUAAUCACACGGAGGGAAACUCUGAGAGAUAAAGGAAACAGCUGCUUCAGCGCUCGCCGCUCUCUCGUCCCGCUCGCUGCUGUCGACGCUAAUUCAAGAUAAGACGAUAAAAAGAGGAUGUUUGCUUUAAUGUUGAAGACGUUUUUCUUUUCCUCCUCUGCUGCUCAAAAACAGACGCUCCAGUUUCAAGUUUUGUGUCUAAUGAUGAACUCGGGUACGUUUCUGUUUCUGUUUCUAAGGACAAAUGACGGGCGUCUGCGUGAAGGACACCAAGACCUGCGAGGUGUUGACCUGGUGCCCCGUCGAGGACGAUCACGGCAUCCCAGACCCUCCUUUGCUGAUGUCUGCAGAGAACUACACGCUGUUCAUCAAAAAUUCUGUAACUUUCCCUUUAUUUGGCGUCUCAAGGAGUAACCUGGUGGAGGGUAUCGAUGCCGGAUACAUCGGCAAAUGUCUCCACGACCCAAAGACUGCUCCGCUGUGUCCCAUAUUCAGACUGGGAGACAUCGUCAAACUGUCCGGCUUCAACUUUGAGACAAUAGCCAAAGUGGGAGGGGCCAUCGGUAUUGUGGUCGACUGGACGUGUAACUUUGAUGUGGACGUGAAACACUGCAAACCAAAGUACUUCUUCCACGGUCUGUACGGGAACCCCGCAGAGACGGACAAAGCCCGAGCUUCAGUGGGCUACAACUUCAGGUAUGCGAAGCAUUAUCUGGAGGACAAAAUUCAGAAAAGAACUCUUCUCAAAGUGUUUGGGAUCAGGUUCGAUAUCAUCGUGCAGUCCCUGGCGAGAAAGUUUGAUAUCAUCCCGACGCUGACGGCGAUCGGCUCUGGCGUGGGCAUCUUUGGAGUGGCCACUGUAGUGUGUGACUUGGUGCUGCUCUAUUUGCUGCCAAAAAGAGAAUUUUACAAGAACAUGAAAUUCAAAUACACAGACACACACACACAGCAUGACAGCGACUCGCUUGGUUUAGAAACAAGCGACUAUUACAACCUCGAAGCAAAUGCAAGACAAGCCCCAUCAGGCACGGGCCAGUCCAACGACCCCGAUUCAGAGGCAUGUAGCACAGAGACCGAGGUAUCGAAAAAGUGACGGGAGAGCAAACGUUUACGGAGCUUUGAGGGAGUGAUAAACUGGGAUCCUGCAGCGCACACACACACACACACACACACACACACACACACACACUAAAUGGACUUGGGACUGGAGAGGACACAGGAGACAUUCCCCCCCCCCCCCCCCCCCCGCUGUUGUAUGUAGAGCUUUAGCGUCGCUCAGCUGUGUGUGUACUUUUUUGGGUGUUGCUCAGUUUGCUUUUGUCCACACUCUGGGUGUAACCUCCACCUCGUCCACAUCCGUGCAGGUCAAAGAACACUUUAGUGUGUACACAAACCCUCCACAAGUCACACGCUACCCUCUGUUGCUGUCUUUGUCAAAGCAAGAAACGCACGCGUGACGUGCAGACGUGCCACCGUUGGAGUGACUCACCCCGUGUGCACUGAGAUUGAAUAAAAGAUGUACAGGAA